CUGCACAUGUAAGUGAGGGUGACCGCAAAAAAUUAAAAAGGUGCACAUUUUCAAACAGCGUAUAAGGUUUGAGAUUGAGAUAGAGGUUAAGAUUUAUUGGUGCAAACCUUUUUUCUUGACCACAGCUUUCAUCACUGCACCACCAAGCACAUUCAGAAGUACUACUACAUCUACAAUGGCAAGUACCAUCACAACUUUGUCAACGGUCUCUUCAACAACAGCACCCGACACAACAAGCAGCAGUACAACAUUUGCACUGUUGAAUAUGAGCAGCACCUCAGCAUCUGCUACUAUAGCAACCAACCAACCAAACAGCAGCACCACAUCUACACCAGCAGAAAACAGCACUACUUUAUCAGUCUCUGUAACAACAGAUGCCAGCACAACAAACAAAACCUCUACACUCACAACAACCUUAGCACCAACAGUCUCUAAUACAACAACACCCAACAUAACAGGCAACACUAAGACACCUUCAGUGCUUGGUGUGAAUACAACUUUAGCAUCCAUAGUCCCUGCUACUACAGCAACCAUCCAAACAAGCAGCAACACAUCUACACCAGCAGAAAACAGUACUACGUUAUCAGUCUCUGUAACAACAGAUCCCAGCACAACAAACACUACCUCUACACUCACAACAACCUUAGCACCAACAGUCUCUAAUACAACAACACCAAACAUAACAGGCAAAACUACGAUACCUUCAGUGCUGGGUGUGAAUACAACUUUAGCAUCCACAGUCUCUGCUACUACAGUAACCAUCCAAACAAGCAGCAACACAUCUUCAUCAAUAGUCAACAGCACAAUCAGCACAAUUUCAUCAACCUCUGUUCCAACAGCACCCAGCAAACAAAGCAGCAACACUACAUCGGCACCAACAUCUAUGAGUACAACAUCAGUAUCCACAGUCUCUAUUACUAUGGCACACAGCACAGUCAACAGCAAAACUACCUCAGUGCUAUAUAUCAGCACAACUAUAGCAUCCACACUGCCUGACACAACAAAAAGUAGUAUAUCUACACCAGUAGAUGUCAGCACAUUAUCUACAAUCUCUGCUACUACAGUGCACUACACAACAAACAGCAGCAUUACCUCUACAGGGAAAGUUAUUAGCACAAACUCAGAAUUCCCAGUCUCUCUUAUUACAGAACCCAGUACAAAAAACAGCAGUACACCUACACAGGCAGAUAUCACCACAUCUUCAUCAUCUACAGUCCCUUCAACAACAGCACCCAGUACAACAAGCAGCAGUACUACAUCUGCACUAUUGGACAUGAGCACAGCCUCAACAGGGUCUUCUACUACAGCAACCAGCCAAAAGAGCAGCAGUACUACAUCUUCACCAGCAGAUGGCCUCACAACUUCAGAAUCCACAGCCUCUUCCAUUACAGGAGCAACACUGACAGAAACCAGUACGACUCUGGGUACUGGUAGAGUCACAUCUUCACCAGCAGAUGGAAGCACAGCUGGGAACACAGAUUCCCAGACCAACACCAGCUCAAAUAAAGAUUACCAGACAGUGACUAUUCACCUAAGGGCUUCCGUUUUAUCCCACGAUGAGGGAAAUGAAGAUGUGUCUUCAGAGACUUUAUCUAAUUUUCUAUCCCAGGCCCUACAGCAGAAUUGUAAUGGCUGCACUCUGAGAGUCAGACACAUCAAACCCACCUGA